GUCACCUGUACAGGACAGAGCCUGGCAUACCCGCCAAACCUGCUCCAGACCGAGCCUUUCUUAACGGGAAGUCUCGAGACACUGCGUCGCAAUCUCUCCCUCAGCCGGGGCGCGAGUUAAUGUUCUAUGGUCCUGUUCCCUUGCUGUUGACACAGCUGCCGGGGUGAACACACACACACACACACAUACACACACACACACACACACCGCUCGCUGAGUUUGGAUGGGUCACCGCAUGGCAGGCAGCGGGACUCCGUGACACGAAGGCUGUUCUGACAGUCGCUCACAACUUGGAAUCCUGGACUGGAUGGCCUCUGGAUUCUGAUCUGACUAAAUGCUCAUGGAAGCAGGUGGAUUCUGAUCCGGUUUGAGACUGCAUUCUUAGUGAGUGUGAUCUGAUCCAGUUUGAGAUCGCGUACUCCAUGGGAUCGGGUCAAUGCCAGUGUUUGGGUAUGCGCUGGUCUGAGUGGACGUGCGGGCUGGUGAGGGCUGGGAGCUGGGAAACAUGGAGUCCAGACGAGUACAGAACCGCCACACCUGCCCCACCUGACGCACAGAACUCCACGCAGGAGAUUGGUGAGGAGACGGAGGAUGGGGCCGUGUACACCAUCACGCUGCGCAAGGUGCAGUUGCACCAGACGGCCAGUAAGGGGCAGCGGUGGCUGGGUGUGGAGACGGACGCGGCGCUGAGCCUGUACGAGACCUGCAAGGUGCGCAGCAUCCGGGCCGGCACGCUGGACAAGCUGGUGGAGUACCUGCUGGCGGCGUUCAGGGGGAAGGACUCCACCUACAUCACCAUCUUCCUCUGCACCUACCGCGCCUUCGCCUCCACCCAGCAGGUGCUCCACCUGCUGCUGCACAGGUAUGCCAAACUACAGUCGCAGCCCAAUGCAUUGGAGUAUGACACAGAGCAUGAGGACCAGACAGAACUCAAGAACACCAUAUCCUCCAUCCUCGGGGCGUGGCUGGACCAGUACUCGGAGGACUUCUGGGCCCCACCGGACCACGGCUGCCUGAGAGAACUUGUCACGUACCUGCAGAAGAACUUUCCAGGAUCGGACCUGGAGCGUCGCGGACAGAACCUCCUGGAACACUUCCAACGCAAACAACAGUACAAGACAGAUGUGGAGGGAGAGCUGGGUUCCUGCCCGUUCGCCACGCCAGAAGAGAACGUCUUUGAGGACGAGCUUCCUGCCCUGGACUUCCUGUCCUUCGACCCAGUGCUCGUGGCGGAGCAGUUCACCCUGAUGGACGCGGAGCUCUUUAAGCGGGUGGUGCCGUACCACUGCCUGGGCGGCAUCUGGUCGCAGCGAGACAAGAAGGGCAAGGAGCACCUGGCGCCCAGCGUCCGCGCCACCGUGGCCCAGUUCAACAGCGUGGCCAACUGCGUCAUCGCCACCUGCCUGAGCCCGCGCGGCCUCAAGGCCAAUCAGAGGGCCCGGCUCGUGGAGCGCUGGAUAGAGGUCGCCAGGGAGUGUCGGAUCCUGAAGAACUUCUCAUCUCUGCGGGCGAUCCUGUCCGCGCUGCAGUGUAACUCCCUCCAUCGGCUCAAGCGCACCUGGGAGGAGGUGUCCAGGGAAAAUAUCCGCACCUUUCUGGAACUGUCCGAGAUCUUCUCAGAUGACAACAAUCACUCUGUGAGUCGGGAGCUGCUCGUCAAGGAGGGCACGUCUAAGUUCGCCACGCUGGAGAUCAACCACAAGCGCGCACAGAGACGGCACCAGCAGCAGAGAGACCUGGGAGUCAUGCAGGGCACUAUCCCCUAUCUGGGCACCUUCCUGACUGACCUGGUGAUGAUGGACACUGCUAUGAAGGACUAUGUGGAGGGUGGACUCAUUAACUUUGACAAGCGCAGGAAGGAGUUUGAGGUGAUUGCUCAGAUCAAGCUGCUGCAGCUGGCCUGUAAUAACUACAGCUUCACACGCAACAUGCGCUUCAGACACUGGCUCAGCAGCGUGGACAAACUGACCGACACCGAGAGCUAUACUCUGUCCUGUGAGAUCGAGCCUCUGUCUGAGUCAGCCUUCAGCACUCUAAAGGGCAAGAGGAACAAGCGAGUGAACGAUCGGCAGGCGGAGGGUAGCGAUGGCGUGGGUAGCCGUCUCAGUGAGGGCGGCUCUAAUCGGGUCGGACCCCCCCACUCCAAGUCCAUGGACCAGCUGCGCUACCCGUCACCCCAGGCCAGGUCAAAGGUCAACACGUGGGACGGCGGCGACUCGCUGAGCGUGACAUCGGCCGGCUCCAGCAGCUCCGACCUGGAAGGAGCCAAUGACAGCUUCCUGUCCGACUCACCGGACUCCACCCAGGACAGGAAGCUGUGGGAGUCCACGUCCCUGUGUUCGCUGGACACCUCUGGCAUGGGCUCCAGCUCCAGCUGCACGUCCACCUCCUCCGUAGCGUCCACGCCCGUCCCCUCGUCAUCAUCACCGUCGUCACGGAUACACAAGCACAAGCGCUCGGCCUCGGCGGUCUCCUGCGUCUCCUCACUCUCGCUGCCCCUCUACAACCAGCAGGUGGACGACUGCUGCGUCAUCCGGGUCAGCCUGGACCUCAACAACGGCAACAUGUACAAGAGCAUCCUGGUGACGAGCCAGGACAAAACGCCAGCGGUCAUCAGGAAGGCCAUGGGCAAACACAACCUGGACAAGGAGCACGCAGACGACUAUGAGCUCCUGCAGAAGGUCUCCGAGGACAAAGAGCUGAGAAUCCCAGAUAACGCCAACGUCUUCUACGCCAUGAACUCCUCGGCCAACUACGACUUUGUGCUGAAGCGGCGUGACAUGCCCAGGACGGUCCGGUCCAAGAGCAUGGGCAGUGCCAGCAGCUCCACGCUGCCCCGCAUCCACCAGAAGGGCCUCCGCAUCGUCAAGGGCAUCCUCUGAGGAAAGAGCCUGCCCCGAGGAGGAGGAGGAGGAGGAGGAGGAGGAGGAGGUGUCCUGAGAGAGAUCGGUGUGUGUUUCUGUGUGAAGCGUCUCUUAGAGAGCAGGAC